CAUUAACUAAAUAGUGAUAUGAGUUGAUUACAGACAUAUAUCUAACGACAAUAAGAGUGACUUUAGUAUUUCUUAAUCGUAUAACAAUUAAAACUUUUGAUAUACAGUGUUCUGUCAAAAAAGUAUUUCCAAAAGUUCUUAAAAAAAUGGCUGAAAAAUGUCCAGUCCUAGCAACAAGUUCAGAUUUAAUGUUUGACUAUUCUUGCAUCAUCUGUGAGGAAAACGAUUUAAGCACAGAGGCUGAGUUCCACUGUGAACAAUGUUCCAAGCGUUACUGCGGCAACUGCCUCGCACUGCACAACCAACUUUAUAAAAAGCAUUCAGUGACUGGAAGAGAGAAGAUGGAUAAAUGGAACUGGGUAAGGCUAGAACAAUGUGAGGAGCACCCUACUGAGACAUUUACUGUCUACUGUGAGGACCACAGCAAGAUGUUGUGCCAGAAGUGUCAUGUGUACAACCACCAAAAAUGCACAGAGGUCACACUUAUUGCAGACAAAGUUCAGGAUCUCCAUCAAAAAGGUGUCUUCAAGACAAUAUCAAAGACUAUUCAAACCAAUCAAGAGCAACUGAACAAGAAAAUACAAGACAUGAAGGACAACAUAGACUCCUUGCAGGUAUCCUACACUAAUAUCAUUCAAGAAAUCAAUACUGUACACAGACAACUCGUAACUGCACUCCAUAAACUACAGAUGAAUACAAUUAAGGAAGUAAAGACACUCCUUGAGAUUUGGAAGUCAUCACUUCAGUCUGAGAUUGACAAGGCUUCCAAGGUAAGCGAAAAUACUCAAUAUGUCCAAGACAAUAUGGGCAUUAUGUUAGGUAACAAGAGUAAAGCUCGGUCAUACAUUAUGUAUUUAAAAUGCCUAGAUCAGUCAAAAGAGACAGCUGCUCUGCUUGCACCAAUCAAAACAUUAGCAAUAGAAUUCACUGUUCACAAAAACAUUGAACAGUUUCUUUUAAAACAGACAGCAUUGGGAAUAUUGGAGACAACAUUUGCAAAAACAAAAAACGAUGCAAUUUUAGAAAACAUAAGAAUGGAAGAAAAACAAAAAAAGGACUAUUUUAUGUAUAACGUAAAAACAUGCAGGGAUUCGCAUGAUUGCUGGAUUGCAGGCAUCUGUGAGACACCUAAUGGUGAACUCCUCAUAACAGACAGGUUCAACAAUACUGUAAAGCUGCUUGAUCAGAGCUUCAAUGUGUUGAACCAUCUUAAAUUAACCACUAAUCCCAUCUCAAUUUGCAACACCUACUCCAAUAAUUUUGCUGUUGCUGCUGUAGAUAAUUACCUGGGCAAAUAUAACAUCCACUUCAUCAGAGUGACCAAUGGUAAGUUGGUACACAACAGGACACUGAAUCCCCAACAUUCCUGCAGAGGUAUUACCCAUCACCAGGAAAACCUGUACAUUACAUCAGGUGAUGCACUGUAUAACUACACUGUCGAGGGCAGACUGGUGAGAAAGGUGUAUGAAGAUACUUCAGGAAGCUUAAAUGUUGGCCCCUGUGCAGUCAGUCCAGAUGGAGACCGUCUGUAUGUUGUAGACCAUUAUAGAUUCUCACUGCUCACUCUGGCCAUAAACAGAACAGUACUAUCCAGGCUAAAACACCCCCCCGAUUGGGAUGUCUGCGUUCCACCGGGUCUCCACGUAACAGACUCGGGUGAAGUACAUAUAUCUGUAGUGCAAGAAGGAACAAUCCUCCAAGUGGACAGAGAUGGAAGACAGGUACUGGCAGAUGUGAUCGAAAAAAACGAUGGUGUGUAUAGACCAACAUGUGUCUACAUAAGAAAAAACUACACCAGAAAAAUUGAGCAUUUACUAAUUGUGGGAAUGUCUCCAAAUGACAAUAUCAUGGUUUUUAAGGAUUGUAAGCUAAUACUAUGAGUGAUUGAACAAGAAAUGUCAAGAGACAGCACAGAGAAGAUUCUUAUUCUUAAAGACUUAAAGUCAAAGUUUCUGUCUUUUUUCUACAAAACAUCUGUUUGUUUAAUAGGCAUUGCAGCUCUUAAAAAACAACUAAUUUGUUGA